AUGGAAGAUAACCGGAGUGCUGGCCUGCAGACGCUCGAAAGCCACAGUGGCCCAGUCUGGUCUGUGGUCUUCUCGCAUGAUUCGAGGCUGGUCGCCUCCGCCUCAGAUGAUGAGACCGUCAAGAUCUGGGAUGCCACCAGUGGCCAAUGCCUGCAGACGCUGACGGGCCAUAGCUGGUCGCCUCCGCCUCACAUCACUAUCAAGAUCUGGGAUGCCACCACGGCCAAUGCCAGCAGACGCUCGAGGGCCACAGUGAUUUGCGAAGGAACGAAAUGCGUCCAGACUUGCGAGACCACUACCUCUAUAUUAGUAUCCUAUAAGUCAUAUCAGUUGGUCUACGUGGAAAAGUCGGGUUGCGAUCAGAGGGCCGGACUGCCAGCAAACCAUCAAAAGCGAGGUCCACGGUAUGGGUCUAUCGUUGUCGGACGAUGUGCGGUCCUUGAAGACAAUGCAGGGGUUGUAUUCGCUGACAGCUGGCGUUGUGGCUCCAUCCCCGACGCGGACUUGUAUAGGGACCUGUUGUGGGCCAGGAGAGGGGACCAGAAGCUGCUUUACUUGCCGCCUGGAUACGGGGACCUGAGGGCUGCCUGGGGCUGA